CAAAAGUCAAUUUUACUAAAAUCGAAUAGCUAGAACUGAUGUAUGAAAAUAAGAUUAUUGCAUUUUUUUAGACUAGUCUACAAUAUAAACGCAAGUUGAAAUGCAGGCCUCCGCCGUUGCACCUCCGGGCAAUGGCCACAACAAGGGAAUAUUCCAUAAUACUGCCGGCUUUAGCACACUUAUCACUGUUACAGUUCUGUCCUUAGCUUGGUUGGCCGGUUUUGCAUCCCGGUUGUUCGCUGUAAUUCGAUUCGAAAGUAUUAUCCAUGAGUUUGAUCCAUGGUUCAAUUAUCGUUCUACAGCGUACAUGGUUCAGCAUGGUUUUUACAACUUCUUGAACUGGUUUGAUGAGCGGGCCUGGUAUCCCCUGGGCCGCAUAGUCGGCGGUACCGUGUAUCCUGGUCUUAUGAUAACAUCAGGCACCAUUCACUGGAUUUUACACACUCUGAAUAUUCCUAUACAUAUUAGAGAUAUCUGCGUAUUUUUAGCCCCAGUUUUCAGUGGCCUUACAGCAAUAGCUACAUAUCUUUUGACAUCUGAGUUAUGGUCAAGAGGUGCUGGUCUUUUUGCUGCAUGUUUCAUAGCUAUUAUACCUGGGUAUAGUAGUCGUUCAGUAGCUGGAAGCUAUGAUAAUGAGGGUAUCGCAAUAUUUGCUCUUCAAUUCACUUACUACCUGUGGUUGAAGAGUGUCAAGAGUGGCUCAGUAUUCUGGUCGAUAUGCACAGCUCUAUCAUACUUUUAUAUGGUGUCUGCAUGGGGGGGUUAUGUAUUCAUUAUAAACCUGAUUCCACUACAUGUUUUUGUGCUGCUGAUAAUGGGACGUUUCUCGCAACGGGUGUUUGUGAGUUAUACGGUAUUCUACAUAGUCGGUUUGCUGUUAUCAAUGCAGAUACCAUUUGUCGGGUUUCAACCAAUCCGAACAAGUGAACAUAUGGCAGCUUCAGGCGUGUUUGCCCUUCUUAUGGCUAUUGGCGCCCUAAAGUAUUUGCACAGUUUGAACCCCAAGGGGCAAUGGAAGCAGCUCCUUAUAGUUGGAGGACUACUGGCUGCAGGAGUUGUGUUCCUUGCAGUUGUUCUGCUUACUUAUAUGGGAGUGAUAGCCCCAUGGAGUGGACGAUUUUAUUCACUGUGGGACACUGCAUAUGCCAAAAUUCACAUACCUAUCAUCGCCUCGGUGUCUGAGCAUCAGCCGACGACUUGGUCAUCAUUUUUCUUCGAUCUCCAUGUAUUAGUAUGCACAUUCCCUGUAGGGCUGUGGUACUGCAUUAAGAAUAUCAACGAUGAAAGGGUGUUUGUGGCUUUGUACGCGUUGAGUGCGGUAUACUUCGCUGGUGUAAUGGUCCGUCUGAUGUUGACUCUCACACCUGUGGUAUGCGUGCUCUCUGGGAUAGCAUUCUCAAUUUUAUUGGAUCUGGUACUUCGCGAAGACGAGCUUCCAGCGCCGCCAGUGGAAACCGAUGAGUCCAAAAAUUUAUAUGAUAAGGCUGGCAAGCUAAAGAAGCGUACACACGAGCCCGUGGCGCCGUCGGACGCCGGCCUGGGUAUGAACGUUCGCUCCGGCACUUUGAUCGCGUUCAUGAUCCUGUUGAUGUUGUUCUCCGUUCACUGCACAUGGGCCACGUCCAACGCAUACUCAAGUCCUAGUAUAGUGCUUGCUAGUUACGGGAACGAUGGAUCUCGUAGAAUCUUGGAUGAUUUCCGAGAAGCAUAUGGUUGGCUAUCACAGAACACUGCCGAUGAUGCAAGAAUUAUGUCAUGGUGGGAUUACGGUUAUCAGAUAGCAGGUAUGGGUAAUCGUACAACACUAGUGGACAACAAUACAUGGAACAAUUCGCACAUAGCGCUAGUUGGGAAAGCGAUGGCCAGCAACGAGAGCGCCGCGUAUGAGAUAAUGUCGAUGCUCGACGUCGAUUACGUGCUGGUUAUAUUCGGUGGUGCUAUUGGAUACUCGGGCGAUGAUAUCAAUAAGUUCAUAUGGAUGGUGCGGAUCGCUGAAGGAGAGCAUCCCAAAGAUAUACACGAAGCAGACUAUUUUACUGAGAGGGGCGAGUAUAGAGUCGAUUCAGAAGCAUCAAAAACUAUGUUGAAUUGUUUGAUGUAUAAGUUAUCAUAUUACAGAUAUGACAGUGGGGGCAGUCCGCCUGGUUACGAUCGGACCAGGGGUGCGUUACCCGGCAACCGGGGAUUCAAACUCACCUACCUCGAGGAGGCCUACACCACCGAGCACUGGCUCGUUAGGAUAUAUAGAGUGAAAAAACCCGAUGAGUUCAACCGCCCACGGUUACCACUGGCGAAGAGAUCAAUCUCAACUACCAAUAUAAUGUCUAAAAAGACAUCGAAGCGAAGAAAAGGCUUGCUCAAGAACAAGCCGACAGUGGUGAAAGGCAAGAAAGUGAGACUGGAGUGACGUACGCGUCCGCGCACGAGAUAACGUUCCCAUAUCAGUGGUAAAUUUGCAACGACCGGUUUGUGGCGAUGAAAACGUAUGUGCGUUUUUAUAUAUUCUACAAAAUCUACUCGAAUAAUAUCUAUUAUUUUAUUAUUCACAAAUGUAACGUUGGACUGUAUGUUAGAUUUAUAUAUUUUCUUGUGGAAUCUUAAACAGGGUCCUAACGAUAAACUAUUCAAACCUGUAUAACAUUUAUCUUUGUUGACUGAACACUAUCAUUUUUUUUUAUAUUUAUUAAUAUUAUCAUAGAUAUUGUAUAUGAACAAUUUUGUUUGUAAAACAGUGAAAAUAUUGGUGGUGUGUAGUGAAUUUAUCUAUAUUUGAAAGGAUUGUGUAAAAAAUUGUUUUAUCUAAAGCUCAAUAUUUACGAUAAAAGGAUGUGAUUAUAGAUUUUUGUAAUGUUUAAUGAAUAUUCAGUGACCUAUGAACAGUCAACAAAAUAUAGGUACCUAGGAUAAUGCAUUUUUUUAAUAAGCUCGUAUUGAGUUAAUGAACUAUAUCAAAUUGUUUCCUGGUGAAUAUAUUUCUAAAUAUUAAAUAGGUUUUGCAUAUAGGCUCCUUUAUACACCGUGUAUUUUUAAUUACACGAAAAAUAUAGAAAUAAAUAUGAAUAAACCCAACUGUGGUGGUGCAUCGCGAAUAUUUGUUUGUGAAGACCAGAUCUAUAUAUAUAUAGUUUUUUUUUUUUUAAACCGGCAGAUGUGAAAUACAAAGCUCUAGGUCACGGUGCAAUUUGAAUAGAUUGGUCACGAUUUGCUACCCUCCGAAACGCGGGGAAUUUAGAAAC